UACGUGACUACCUGCUUGGUGAUGUCAAGACGUGCAGAAAGAAAUUUUAUCAUAACACUUUCAUCAUGUACUGAGCAUAUUUAAAAUCUAUUUACGAUGUUUGGUGAAGGGGUUUUAAAAUUCUGACUCAAACACAGUUUAUAAUUAUAAUGUACAAUCCGACGUUUUUAUUCUUUAAAUACUAGUAAGUAGUAAGCAAUCUGUAAAUAAAGACAAAUAGCAAUUGCGUCACUGGGUCUAGAGUUAUCCGUAUGAAAGCACGUUUUCAUAACAAAAUAUAAGUUCACAAGAACACCUCUCUAUUAAUACUCUCUGGUCCACAUAUAUUGUCAAUUCUACCCACUGCUUUUGCAGUCCAACUGCUUCGUCAUUUAUUCCCCCAAACUUAAGAUAAGCCGAUUUUAAAGAACACAUUCAUAAUAUGAGCUAAACCAAAGAUGGAAUAUAACACUAAUCGAAUUUAAAACUACACGAGUACACUUCACCCUCGCCCGGUCAACAUGGCGAAUUAAACAUAUGAUGCCUAUCAAAUUCAUCCUAUUUACUCCAUGACGAACGCCGACGUGGAUUCCGAAUGCGACUGACCAGACACCGGCGUCUACGUGGGCCAAUGUGUGCAUGUGUGUGUGGGUGAGCUCGGUGUACUGAAUACUGAUGUGAAGUACUUAUACUUGUGUUUGGAUACCGGCGUGGUUACUUCGAAAAUGAAUUCAGCAGUGUGUUGGUGCGUGCUGUUCCUUGUAUUGGGAAUUGAUUUGCAUAUGCCAGUAGCAGGAACAACAACUACAGCAGCUUAUCUGGCAGAUACUGAUAAAGCCAGAUUGAAGCAGGUUUUCUCGGGAGCCUGGGAUCUCAAAGAUUUGCCAUCCAUCCAUUAUGCAGUUUUAGGAUACAAAUUACUGGGUCAGACAGUUCCAAAGCAGCCUGAGGUGUGCAAAACUCUACAGGCAGCUGCUUCUACAACUUCCCCCGAAACCUUAUAUUAUGUAACUAAUGCAUGGCGAUCUCUGGCAUGCUCAGGCUCAUUGCCAGUUAGCAACAUUGCCAAGGCUUUGGGAGAAGUGUUGCAGAAGGAGACGUCUACAGUACCUGAUCUCUUUUAUGCUGUUCAGAGUUUAAAUAACAUUGGGCAGAAAAAGGGUGAUGCUGCCAAAUUGAUAAAGACCUUGCAGGCUGCUCUUAAGAAAGAUGACAGUUUGUUAAACUUGGGAUACUCGUUCCACAUUGCAGCUCAACUUGGAACAGAUGGGACUUUUGCAUUUGAUAGAAUAGAGGAUGCAAUUGUACAGGCAGAUGAAGUGGAUAGUCGUUUUUUACAGUUUGAAGGUGGUCUGAGCAUUACGGCUCUGUUAGUAAGUGGCGCUUAUAAACUUGCUGGCACUGUAAACAAACCACCACCUAUCACCGGUGAUCAAGCUGUGAAGUUUGCCAAUUACUUUUUGAGCAGACGUUCUGUUCAGACACUGAAAGGGGCAUAUAUGCUCUUGGAAGUGCUCAACACACUCAUCAAUAAUAAGUUUCACUUACCAGCAGCCAUCACUUUGGUCAGCCCUGCUGCUGUGUCUUUGGAGCAGCCACGUGUCUCUGUAAGAGUAAGUGAUUUGCUUGGCAAACCUUUGAGCACUGAGCCUUUGACUGUAACGGCUGAGAGUGCUACUCGUGUUGGUGAUGAAGUUGUUGUUCUAUCAAAGAAGAAGUUCGAGCCAACUGCAGACAAAACAGUGUAUUCUGUUAAUUUGAUGGAACUGAAACCAGAACGAGGUUUCUAUAAGCUGUCCAUCAGUGCAGCCUUGGCCAAACCAGAUCCUCGUUUGGUUGGAAAUGUUGGUGCUUCAUUAACGGUCAAGGUUAUGUGCGCAGUUGCUGUUGAAAAUGUUGAAAUCGGUACUGUAGAUGCUGACCAAACAACGCAAGCAAAACUCACCAAAGUGGUUUACCCGAAUAAAUUACCUUCAAAAUUGGAAGCAGAUUCUCUCCAAAAAUUGAUUAUGAAAUUUGGUCUCAAGGAUAAAAACACUGGAAAAUUGAUGACUGUUCAUCAAGCAUUUGUGAGAUUAUACAAUCCCAAAACUAAACAAGAAAUAAUUUUUGUCGCUGAACCUGAUUCAUCAAAGAAUUACAAGUUUGAUUUGGAUCUUGGAAGCAAAGCGGCAGAGUUUGGCCAUCUCUCUGGAGAUUAUUCUCUGGAGUUAAUAGUUGGUGAUGCUGUACUGUCCAAUUCAUUUUCUUGGGAAGUUGCAACUGUUCAUUUGAAGUUCGCAGAGUUAAAUAUUGGUACCGCAGCAAGUGCUGUAACUAAGGAUGCGUAUCUUUAUGCACCAAAACCAGAAAUUAAACAUUUAUUCCGAGAACCUGAGAGACGGCCUCCUGUGUUUGUGUCCAAUCUUUUUACUGGACUGUGGGCGAAACUAGGUAUCAACAUUUCUAAUUUUCCUUUUUCUCUAUCUGCCAUUGGAUUCCAUUUGGGACUUGGAGAAAUCAUAUGGAGAGAUGUUCCGCCUCUCUGUCCAGAGGAGAGGAAAACACAUGAACCAGGGGAAGAUAUUACGGUUAGAGAUAUGGGAGAAAAUGAACCUACAUUUUCUUCAAUAGAGGAAGAAGAUAGUAAAAUGAAGGAAGGAAUUUUUGCCCUGUUUGGAGUUUUUUGGCUGCAACUUAACAUGUUCCAGACUAUCAAGUAUCUUUUGUGUAUUGGAAUCAUUACAUUCCUUUGUGGAAAUAAAAUGCUGGCCAAAAUUGCUAGCGAGCACAAACGUUAGAGAAACAUCAAACAAUUUGAAAAGCCAAAUGAAGAAAGAUGGAAGACAAUUGUGUGUGACAAAGGACUAAAAAAUCACAGUCAAUUUGUGAAGUGUGAAACUUGUGGAUGAUUUUUGCAAAAUUGCUUUUUUAGUAAUGUUAUAUUAUUGCGAGUGUAUGCCUUGACAAUACAUGUGAGCUAGUCUGAAUUUUGCAUUUACAGCUUUUUGGAUACAAUGGAUGGCUUCCUAAUUAUUUCUGUAAUCAAAUAUGUCACUUCCUGUGUUUGGCAAUCUUUCUCUUCUUGAACAGUUUAAUCGUACAGGAUGUUGGGGAAUAAUUGUGGAUAUUUAGUUUGCAAAUGAAAGUUCAGUUGUAGGUGAGACAAAUAUUUUGGAUUAUGAAAACCUACUGAAACAUAAAAGAUGAAAUGUGUGACAAUGGUUAAAAAAAUAGGUCUUAUUUGGACACAGUAUGUAUGCAAAUCUCUCAAAGUUGUUUGGAACGAGACAAUCUUUCCUUCCAGCAGUUUGUACUUUGCCCUUAUUGUCCUUAUUCAGAUAGUGUAGUAACUAAAAAAAAUGAAUUUUUUACAUUUGUUCGAUUUAAACAGUGUAAAGUACAUUUCAAUUUCAACAAAUAAUUCAUUAUACUAUUUCAAAAUACAGUGCAGAAUUUCUCUAUUUUGCCAUUUUGCUAAUGUAUAUUAAAAAUUAAAUUUCCUCAAUUAAUUGAGAAAUAAUGGUAGAGAACAUUUUGUGAUUGAUGCAAGCACUAUUCAAAAUUUGGAAAUAAUGCCUAAUGUUAAUAUUUAAAUUGGCCUGAAAUACUGUGUAUUUUAUAAAUAUGUGAAAGUGUGAGAUCUUUCUGUCUUUCUUUCUGGUUGUGUUGAGUGUUGGGAAUAAAGAGACUGUUUUUAGACAUUGA